AUGGCCAAAACCAUGCAAGAUAAUAAUCUGCCGCCGUUGAUUGCCGUGAAAUCCGCCAAAUUUUCCGAAUCCGAAUCACUGAAGAAGGAGAAGGAGCUGCUCGACAAAUUCCAAUCAUGCCCCUCUAUCCUCCGCUGCUUUGGUGACGAAAUCACGACCGAAAAAGGGGAGAAACUCUACAACAUAUUGCUCGAGUAUGCCUCAGGUGGAUGCCUCGUCGAUCACAUCAUCAUCAAGGGCCUUCCGGAAAUCACCGUCAGCCGCUGCACGAAAUCCAUACUCACGGCGCUCAUUCACAUCCACAAGGCCGGCUACGUUCACUGCGACGUGAAGCCUCACAACGUGUUGCUCGUCGGCCAAGACGCGAAGCUCGCGGAUCUAGGGAGCUGCUGCAAGACGAGCUUCGACGGAAAUAGUAGUUGUGAUGAUUUCAGGGGCACUGUUAUGUAUGCGGCCCCGGAGUCGAUAGCCCAACAGAAGUACUUGCCGGAGUCAGAUGUUUGGGCCUUGGGCUGCUCGGUUCUACACAUGCUGACUGGAAAAUCACCGUGGGCUUUCGACAGCAAGGCCCAGCCGAAGGCUGUUCUCUUCAAGAUCGGGUGCAGUGGAAUGCUCCCGCAGGCUGAUACAGCUCAGGAAAUUAUCAGUAAAAAUGGAUUUUCAAAUGGUAGCCGCUGCGCGAAAUCCAUACUCACGGCGCUCCUUCACAUCCACAAGGCCGGCUACGUUCACUGCGACGUGAAGCCUCACAACGUGUUGCUCGUCGGCCAAGACGCGAAACUCGCAGAUCUCGGGAGCUGCUGCUGCAAGACGAGCUUCGUCGACGGAAAUAGUAGGUGUGAUGAUUUCAGGGGCACGGUUAUGUACGCGGCCCCGGAGUCGAUAGCCCAGCAGAAGUACUUGCCGGAGUCGGACGUUUGGGCCUUGGGCUGCUCGGUUCUACACAUGCUGACUGGAAAAUCACCGUGGGCUUUCGACAGCAAGGCCCAGCCGAAGGAUGUUCUCUUCAAGAUCGGGUGCAGUGAUCAGAUUCCACAGAUUCCGACAAACAACAAAAUAUCCAAAGAGGCUAAAGACUUUCUCGCAAAGUGUUUGGUGAAAGAUCCGACGGCCAGGUGGAAAGUUGAUAUGCUUCUCGGCCAUCCAUUUGUCAACAAGGCCGAUCGACCGACAGUUGCCGGAAAAUACCAUCAUCACCAUAGAUUGUCUCAUGGCAUUCACUCUUUGUCGGUAUACAACGAAACCCCUAUAGUCAUGAUACUUAGUAAUACCUUAGUCUGCAAAACCCAUUAUGAGAUAAUCGGAGUCGAGGAAGAUGCCAACCAAGAAGAAAUUCGUAAGAUUUACCGAACUGCCCUUCUCAACUCUCACCCAGAUAAACUGCAGAAAUCUUCCGAACCACACGUGAGGAAUAAUCACUUCUUAGAGGUGCAGAAGGCCUGGGAAGUCCUUAGCAACCCUGAAUCCCGAGCCCUUUACGACAAUGAACUGAGAAAAUCGAGACUCGAUGUCAUGAAUGCGGAUGAUGUCAGCUUGAAUGACAAUGAUUGUUGA